GGUGAGCCUCCCGCGCAGCUUCGCAUGUUUUGCCCCCGUGUUGUCGCCUCGCCGCCUCGUCAACGCGCGUUCGAGUCCGCUUCCCCUCCCGCGCAGUCCUUUUCCCUGGUGCUGCCGUUGGCCGUCAACGGGCGUGGCUGUGGCCGUGGCCCUUGAAGGCAGGAACCGUGGACUGACGUGGGCGGGAACCGUUCCUCGGCGGCAACUGAAUAAAAAAAUAGCAACUAUGGCAAAGGCUAUGGCGGACGAAAAGUUGGUGAAGGCAAUGAGCGAUCUUGAGGUAUCAGACGAAACAGUCGCCGAUCCGGAUCCCGUGAACGAGCCAGCAGCUGUCAGAGUAGCAAGUAGAAAAGAACUGUACCCACCGAUCGAGCCCAAUGUGACGGGUUACCUGAAAGUGUCCGAUCUUCAUUCUCUCUAUUGGGAAGAAAGUGGUAAUCCACAAGGGAAGCCUGUUCUGUUUCUUCAUGGUGGGCCAGGGGGUGGAACGUCACCUGGAUGCCGUUGCUUUUUUUGUCCUGACACGUACCGUAUUAUUUUAUUUGAUCAGCGUGGAUCUGGAAAAAGCAUUCCGCAUGCAAGCAUUGAGGAGAACACAACCUGGGACCUGGUUUCAGACAUAGAGAAAUUGCGGGAACACCUCAAAGUUGACAAAUGGCAGGUUUUUGGCGGCUCAUGGGGAAGCACUCUCGCACUUGCAUAUGCUGAAACGCACCCAGAUAAGGUUAAGUGCCUGGUGCUGAGAGGAGUCUUCUUGCUUAGGAAGAAAGAGGUGGCCUGGUUCUAUCAAGAGGGUGCCUCUGCAGUCUUUGCAGAUGUUUGGGAAGAUUUCAGGGACUUCAUCCCAGAGGAAGAAAGGCAUGAUCUCGUGUCAGCAUACCACAGGCGAUUGACGAAUGAUAAGGAUGAACAGCUGCAGCUGGAGGCAGCAAGGCAUUGGACAAAAUGGGAAAUGGCGACCAAUCAUUUAAUGCCAUCAUUGGAAUCGCGCAAGAGAGGCGAAAGUGACGACUUCGCGCUGGCUUUUGCAAGCAUAGAGAAUCAUUACUUUGUCAAUCGGGGUUUCUUCGAAAGCGAUGGAUGGCUGUUAAAAAAUGUGGAUAAAAUCCGUAACAUUCCAGGCAUAAUUGUGCAGGGAAGGUAUGACAUGGUCUGCCCAUUCAUGUCAGCAUGGGAGCUUCAUAAGUCGUGGCCGGAAUCUCAACUCUGGGUUAUUCCUAAUGCGGGGCACUCUGCAAAUGAGGUGGGAAUUUCAGAAGGCCUCGUUCAGGCGACCGAGUAUUUCAAAGACUUACACUAAUGCGAGCGCCCCUUCCUUCACAGCCAGCCAGCUAGUCUUGCUUGCCUACCUAGGCAUUGAUUCUUUGGUUCCCUCAUCGGCACAGCUCGUCGAUCACUGUCACAGAAGUGAUGAUGGCCUGCGGGUGCAUGGGUGGUUUUCUGUCAGAGUCUCAGAGAUGAAAAGGGGUAGGUAAGACCCCGCAUGGUUGGUUUUCUGUCAGAGUCUCAGAGAUGAAAAGGGGUAGGUAAGACAAUAGACGAGAACAUGUCGUCUUGGAGUUCAUGUCGUUGAUAGAAGAGGGCAAUCGCUGCAGGUUGCAGUAGAAUAAAAAAGGACAGGCUGCUCCCUGCGACGAUCUGGCUGCGAUCGGAGAGCAGCCGAUGUCUUUUAGCGUCUGUUCUUAAACCCCCGGUUCAGACGAGCCUAAGCUGAUGACGCUACCUUCCAAGGCUUGGGAGCCUGCAAGUGCGCCUUUUUCAGAGUGCCCUGCCACUUUAACUACUGGCCCAGGCUUGAAUCGGAAAGCUCCUUCCAUAUAUGCCAGUAGGCGCUGUACUCUGCUUCGGGGGAAGCGGACGCUUCGGGGGUGAUCUGGCUGUUAAAACCACCAGUACCUCUGAGCCUCUUUUGCCAGGGGCAGCGCACAUCAUUUCAUUUCUGGCUGGCACUGCGAAAACCAUUUUGGUCCACGGUUCAUUCGGAGAACCCGGAUUGUCGCAAUUUCGAUUCUGAAGUCUGCCUGGUCCAACCAAGGUACUGACGGUUUCAUUUCUUGCCCUGUUCCCAUCGGCUAUGGCCGCGCAGAGGCCUAUCACCUUGCAGUCUGUCUGGCUGAGGUUGAAAGUCGUGUCGAAUGCGCAAUCUGCACUCCACCUCAGCCGCGCGCUAGCAACCUCGCCUAUGUGCUUCAUGUCUAUGGUGGCUCUUGACAUCAUCCGCUUUUGGGUGGUGUUUCUUGAUAAAUGUUUCGAGCCAGG